UUCUCUCCUAAACGAACCGCUGAGCGGCCGUAUACCAACGACUCGCCACCAUGGGUCGUAUGCACAGCAGCGGCAAGGGCAAGUCGUCCUCUGCCAUUCCUUACAAGAGGUCGCCGCCCUCAUGGUGCAAGACCACCUCUUCUGAGGUGCAGGACAUGAUUUGCAAGUUUGCCAGGAAGGGCAUGACCCCCUCGCAAAUCGGCAUUGUCCUGCGUGACCAGCACGGCGUGCCCCUGGUCACCAGCGUGACCGGCAGCAAGGUUCUGAGGAUCCUGAAGGGUGCCGGUCUGGCCCCUGAGAUUCCCGAGGACCUGUACUUCCUGAUUAAGAAGGCUGUGUCUAUCCGCAAGCACCUGGAGCGCAACCGGAAGGACAAGGACGGCAAGUUCCGCCUCAUUCUGGUGGAGAGCCGCAUCCACCGCCUGGCUCGCUACUACAAGCGCGUCCGCAAGCUGCCCCCCAACUGGAAGUACGAGUCCUCAACUGCCUCGACCCUGGUGGCCUAAACACCGGGACUUCCAAGCAAGGCAGUGGCCGCCUGCUUCGGCUGGUGGUAACUGGUGGUUGUGUGGUUCUGAUGGAGCGCUACGCUCUCCGGCAGGGUUUGUAACGCUUACGGAGGAUGACGAUAUUAUUUUGCUUCGUAUUGCACGCAUGACAGCACGUGUAGCCGUCUACAACAGUACAGCACCCAUUAGGUCAACGGGAGCAUAUACGGGAC